UUUUCUCAUAGUUUCCAAUAAAUCGGACAAAUGUCAAUGUUGACAGAAUUUUUUUCUCUCUGGUUUUUCAGUGAGUAUGUGAUGGUGACACUUUAAAUGUAUUGGUAUUGAUGUAAAUGGUAUUGUUAAAAAAAUUCUAGGAACAUUCACUGAUUGUUUUAAUUUCCUAGGAGCGGGAACAGAAUCACAUUUGUUUUAUAAUUUUCAUGAAGGGAACAUUAAACAGAAAACAUUGUGGUAACCUUCCUAUAAUGUUCAGUUAACCUUGGGAACGUCAGGAAAACUUGCUGUUUAUAAUUGUGUUUAAAACAUUCAAACAUUUUGGCAACCGUCCUAUAAUAUUCAACUUACUUUCCCAGAACAUUCUGGGAACAUCAAAAUAACCUUCUGGUUAUGUUAGGAAAACUUGCUGUUUUAACUUGGAAGGAACGUUUGAGGGAGAACAUUCUGGUAACUUUCUUAAAACAUUAAAUUAACCUUACCAAAACAUUCUGGCAACAUCAAAAUAUCCUUCUGGUAACGUCAGGAAAACUUGCCGUUUUAACUUGGAAGGAACGUUUGAGGGGAGACAUUUUGGUAACCUUCUUACAACGUUCAAUUAACCUUCCAAGAAUGGUUAGGGAACAUCAAAAUAACCUUCUGGUUACGUCAGGAAAACUUGCCGUUUUAACUUGGAAGGAACGUUUGAGGGUAGACGUUUUGGUAACCUUCUUAUAACGCUCAAUUAACCUUCCAAGAACGUUGUGGGAACAUCUAAAUAACCUUCUGGUUACGUCAGGAAAACUUGCCGUUUAUACCAGUAUAUUACGUUGUGUUGCAACGUUCAAAAAACGUUCCUACAACUUAAAACAAACGUUCCCAGAAUGUUGGGGAACCAAAAUUUGUUAGCUGCAGAGGAAUAUGAAUUAUUAUGGAUGACACUUAACCACCUCUCUUUUCUACUCUUCUCCUUUUCCUCUGCAGAGCACUCCCGUCUGAGGAACGUCACAGUGGUGGUUGGCUCUGACAUGGUGCUGCCUUGCCAGCUGGUCUCCAAUCUUGCUCAGCCCUGCUGGGUUCUUAACGAACGUGAGCUCCAGCUGGGUGACCCAGAGGCAGGAGGGCCCCGCUUCGACCGGACCCUCAAGGCCCUUGUCGUCCCUGAGGCAGGCCAGAUGCAAGCAGGCCGCUAUAUCUGCUACUCUGAGGAGCAGGGCGUCAAGUUUCAGACAGAGCGCUACCAGGUGGCCGUAGUAGCCAGCGCCCCAGUCUUUAUGGAGGCCCGGGCUCCAGACAGCAGCAUGGGGCUCUUCUGGGUGCUCGUCAUCACCCUUGGAGCAGCAUGCCUGUUGCUCCUUGUAGCAGCUCUUUACUUGCGCAGGAGGCUGAAGCUGGCGCUGGGAAAGGGAGCCGACAUGAAGCCUCUUGAAAGCACCUUGGUCUACCCCAUCACCCUGCCCAAGGAGCCACCCACUUUUGUGCCCAGCAAGAUGCCCAGCGAUGAGGAUCGUUUCUGGGAGACAGGCGCCAACUACUACUACUCGGAUGGCUCGCUGAAAAUCGUUCCCGGUCACGCCCUGGGGCCCAGCAGCGUCAGCAGCACGGCGUCACCCAGCGCCAUUCCCGGCCAGCCCAUCCACUCCCCAAGCCGUCUCAGCCUCACCAAUAUUCGAGGCUCGGGUAGCAACGGCUAUAUCCGCCUCAACCUGAGCACAGCAGGGGAGGAGAGGGCUAGCGGGGCUGGUGCUGGGGGCGGCGGGUUGGGAGGCCUGGGCAUGAGCGGGAACGACUACUCAAGCCCCUUCAAGGAAGAGCUGAGACGCACUCUGCAGCAGAGAAGCGUGCUGCCCGAUGCCAACCCCGAGGAGUCGUCCGUCUAGGCCUGUCCUCCUCUGUCUCCGUUCCCUGAGUUGGAAAAAACAAAAACAACCAACCUACCUCCCUCCUUUUGAGGAUGCCUGCUCUCUCUCUCUCUUUAAGUGACACGCUGUCAAUUCCCCAUGCUCUCUCUCUCUCUCGCUCUGCCAAUGCCUGUUUGGCUCACUGUUGACAUUUAUAGCACACAGCAUGUUAAAUAUACACACUCAUACACUGUGUUCGCCAACAUGCACUCGUAUAAUUACUAUGUUCUGGGCAACAUGCAGUCAUGGUUGUGGCUUUUUUCUGCUUCCACUGUGCAAUCGCCAUUUGUGUAAAUUGUGUAUUUAAAAAGGCUGAACGCAGAGAAGAACACCUCAAGCAUGGAAAUCAAACAAAUGGCGUUACACGUUCUCUGAAGGGCACAUUUCUUUUAACGUUGAGUGGACCAAGAGGCUUUUAGCCCUUGUGCUGAAACAAGCUGACGAACGGGCAAGCGCAACUGACUGGAAAUAUUGAACUGAUACUCUGUCCUUCUGUUCCUCUGAGACUUUUUCAGCUUGCUGCACUUAAAAAGUGGAAGCCCGUCUUCCCUUUUUUGUAUUUGUGAGCCAAGAGCAUGAGAGCGGUAUAAAAAGACUAAUUAAUCUCGAAGCAAGACGACAAUCACGUCCCCGUAGCAGGAGCUCUGCGAGGGACGAAGAGGAGAGGAGAGAGAGCGAGAGACAAAGAGAGAGGAAAUUAAAUGGAAAAUGAAGUGAAUUGGAGUGAAAGACGCAAGGGGGAGUUUUGAAUGAAGGACAAUCUCUCAAGACUUUCUCUGCUCGAUUUGUAUUUUUUCUUUUCUCCCACGUUGUAUUUACCCCCAGAGAAAGUCCUUGAUCCCUUCCAAUUUCAUUUGUUGUGAUGGUUGGUUUGAAUUAAGACAUUUCUUGUUGUUCUUUUUCUACGUCUUACUGACUACAGCAGUGUUCGUUAUCAAGUGACUCCCCUCUGUGAAUGACAAUGUGAGGGUAAGCGCUUACAUUCCUCGCUCAGCCCUGCAAGGUGACCUUCAAACACACCUUCAAGUCCAAUAUACUACAAGUGCACUCCAGACGACAUUUAUUAGAGUCAAAGUGUGUAACAGAUAUGUGUUUUGGCUGAGCCCUUUUGGACGUUUGUUCAUCGCUGCAGAAAGAAAAAGGCUAUUUGCAUUCAGCUCUUAGCAGCGGAACAAUAACUGCACACUUAAUUCCAAAUUGAAGCUGACGUGAAGACAUUAGGCAUGGAGAAUGUAGUUGAACCCUCACUGUUGCGACCGCUGGAUGUCUCAAUAAGUGCUUUAUAUCUUAUGUGUAUGGCGAGGGUGGGAACUUGCACUGCCAAGAAGGAAACUACCCUCUCCCACACAAACACACACUUACUCACAGUCCUCUGAAUGCCAACCAUCCUGGACCAUAGUGUGUUUGUGACACCCUUAAACCCCAACAAACCCCUCCCUCUUACCGAUGCCCAGAGACUGACCCGGGGCUACUGUGGACUUAUACAGAGGAAGAGCACUGUAAAACACAACAACACAAAAAGAUGACACACACAGUGUUGAUGGAAGAUUGGACAGACAGACUGAUUGCUGCCGUGCUGACAAACUGCUGGCUCCAUCAGUGAAAGUAAAUCAGUGAAAGGGUUGGCUUUUGUUUUCGGGACGUGUCUGUCGGGACCGGAGGAGCACAGCGAGAAGGAAGGGGAGGACAAAGACACCUUGUUUUGCCCCCACUGUGUACAGAGCGCUGAGAGAGAUGUAGAAUAUCAAAAUGAUCCUGAGGUUGAAGAGGUACUCAGCCAUCAGCACUCCAUCCUAGUGUUGCAUGAUCCUCUGCAAGUGGACUGAACAUCUUUGAUAUGAUUCAUCCUUGUACAAGUGCAUCAUUUUCAACGGUCAUUUUUGGACUUUUACGGACACUAAUAUUGUGGAACAACAAUGCUCUCUUUAGAAAAAAAAAGAAAGAAAACAAAAUAUGUAUGAUUUUAUGGUUCAAGGGUUGUACAGGAAUUCAUGGCUGCAUUUCAACAUGUUUACUUUUUCUGUGCCUCUUCACCUUUUUGGAUAAGCCAAAGUAGACUGCAGUUGCUUUUGUUCUUGUUGAAAUACUUAAAUUAAUUUUAUUUGAUUCCAGAUCGAUAUUUAAGUCUCAGCAGUCCGUCCACUUUGCUACACUGAGCUGAUGUCUGCAACCUUUCUGCAUAUUUUAUCCACAGCUAAAUUUCCCCUCGAGCAAAAGGGCUUGAGGCUGAUGGACUUCCUGUUUGCUUCCUGUUUAUAUGUCAGUAGUGAUCUGCUGGACCCAGUUCUUUAUCCCCUCGCCGAAUGAAAGGCUGAGUAACGUACCAAACCAUUAUUUAAUUUGUCAGCCCCUUAAAACCAAAUAAGUAUCUGUGAUUGAAAGCAGAUCAGUGACAGAAUGUGCCCACUUUAUAUUACUACAUCCCCUGAAGCGGAUACCUAAAACAUGAGCUCUUUACACUGGUACUUGGUUAUGUCUUAAUAUAUUUCUAAUUUUACAAUUAGGCAUUUUAUUUAACACGUUGCAACGACUAAAAAGAUUAAAAGAAUAAAGGUCAAGCU